UGAAGGCACUGUUUUCCAACUGGGAUCCAAUGAAGGAAAUCAUUUUUUAUCUUGCAACCCCGAUAUUGGCAUAAAAUUUCGUGAGUAUUUUGGUAGUUCUGUUAAGAAGUACCGCAGAAAUGAUGUGCAAGAUCUCUUUAACAAGAAAUACAGUGAAGCGGUUGGAAAGAGCUGCCGGGUGCCGUACUCGAAAUGUGGAUUCAGAGUUGUUGGUCUCCCUGAAGAUAUUUCUUUUAAGAAACCAUAUAACUAUGGUUCCUUGCAACUAAAGAAAAUCAUGGAGGCUGCAGACAAAAUAAAAUUCAUCAUUGAAGAUCCAACUCUCAACGAACCAUUGAAUGUUUACCCGACUGCAGUUUCUGGUAACAAUGGUGAUUUACAAGGAACUGUAAAUGUUGUGAAACCUUUACUAGUAAAAAUUGCUGGAGAAGAUGCUGCGCAAAGGGUGCUGGCCGAUUCUGAGAAGCGAAUUAUGGAGGAGGAGAUUGAGGUGGUUGAUUUGCAUUUAAGUGAUGAAGAGAAGGCAAACUUAUAUGGUUUGUGUGAAGGUUAUUUUUCACCUGAUGCAUGGUUAGCAGUUGGACAUAACAUGCAACAUUCAAGACAGGUUGAAAACAUAGUUUUACCUGUACACACGACUGCAGAAGAAAGAUUUUGGCUGUUUCGUACGAAUGAUAAGCCAUUGCGUAUAGCCAAGUGUGUAUCCUCGGCCAAAAUACGGGGUCAGUGGUUGGAUCUUGUAGAUGAUGACACAUACACAUUCUUGCAUAGUGACAUUAUUACGGGUAAGAACCUUAUUCGUUCUGCUCAUGGACCAUUAUAUUUUUCAAUAGAGGAAGCAGCUACUGAAAAUUUUAAGUUACCAAAACAAUUUAGAUUUGCGAUCGAAGGAGUUUUAGGUAAACUACGUAAUGAAAAUACUUGCGAAUGGAAAUGAUGUCAAAUUUUUUAUCAGGGUAACAGGGUUAAUUAUUAUAGUCAAUUGGU